AUGUCAGAACUUCACGUACCAUUGCUCGACAUCAACCCAGAGGCUGCCUUACAUAGAGAGAUCGAAGAUAUCAAAGAAGAGCUCGAGAUCAUGAUCUAUGUCGUCAGAUCACACCUUUUCGUCCUGGAAAGUUUCAUCAACCAUGUGAAGCACAUGCUGAACGGCGACAGCUUGUUCGAUACAUCGGGAGCAACACCGGGCCAAAAUACGACAUCGCCAACGCCCAACGCCAUGCAGGCUCGCCCGCCAGCUGUGUACAACAAUCCAGAAGCAAGACAGCAUAUUUUUCGAUUCUUCGAAUUGAAUGCCAAAGAGGUGCAGACGAAGAUCAAGUGGCGCAUCAAAGAGCUGGAGCAAUUGCGGGACAGUGCCAUGAGCACUUGCGAAGGCGUGAGCUGA